UUCUUUCUCCAGUUCAAGUUCUAGAAAACGCCAAAACCAACCACUAAAGAAACCGACAAAAAUUCGAUGAAAACUUUCUGAUUUUCUUCCUCUCUUCAAAACAUUGAGAAACCGUUUUUUGAGUAAUUUCGCAUUGGUUUUCGAUUUUCUCCUUUAGGAUUUUGUUUCUUUGGAGUAAAAUCUUUGCAAUUUGAAAAUGGCGAAAGAAUCUUCCGACGGCAAAACGGCGACGGCUCCGUCGCCGGCGUCGUCGUCUGCGGCGGAUUCGUACAUCGGAAGCUUCAUUAGUCUGACGUCGAAGUACGAGAUUCGUUACGAAGGAGUUCUCUAUUAUCUCAACCCUCAGGACUCCACUCUCGGCUUGAAAAACGUUAAGUCAUAUGGAACUGAAGGGCGGAAGAAGGAUGGUCCGCAAAUUCCUCCAAGUGAUAAAGUCUAUGAAUACAUUUUGUUUCGUGGAAGUGACAUCAAGGAUUUGCAAGUUAAGUCCUCUCCACCUGCUCAUGUAGAUGAGCCAAUACACAAUGAUCCGGCUAUCAUUCAGUCUCAAUUUGCCACUGGCCCUUCAAGUUCAGCAAAACCUGUGCCAGCUAGUAGUGGAUCUUUGACUAAUUACAGCCCUUACAUGGAAGCUGCUGCACCGAACAUGAGGUCCUAUCCUGGUAUAAUGCCAUCACAACCGUCUGGAGCUCAGCUUGUAGCACAUGGUCCUUCUCAGAGCCCUCUGAACACCAGUUUCUCAUCUUAUGCCAUGCCAAUGCCCUUGCAAGGAUAUGGUGGGGCCACAAGUGGCAAUGGCUAUGCUCAGCAACAUCAGAACCUAUCUGCAACUAAUUCAGUUUUGACAUUGAAAAAUUUUGUAGAGGCACCUCCAAUGCAGGCAUCAAUGACAAUUGGCUCGACAAACUCACCCUUUUCUCCUCUUUUGGUUCCCUCUCUUAUUGCUUCAAAUGUGACACUUCCAAAUACUGUAUCCUCUCUUACGCCUGAGCAGCUUUCUAUGCAGCCAAUGAACUUACCAUCAUUGCCCACAAAUUCAGCUCUGUCCUUUCCCCCUGGCAUGCUGAAUGCUAAUACUUUAAAUAUGUCUUCAGUGCCGUCGUUGGUUCAAAAUGUGAAUAAUAAUGAAGCAACAAACAUUGGUAUGGUGGUCUCUGACCCUGGAAAAAAUCCUGCUGUGUCUGUAUCCUCUGCUGCAUCUUCGUUUGGGCCCUUACUGAAGCAAUCAUCAAUUUUGCUUACUCCAGAUCAGUUUUCACAGCCAAGAGUGGCUGAAAUUGCUGCUACUCAGAGCGUAUUCCCUGUUCAUCAGGACACGAGUGCUCUUAAUUCAGUGUCCUCCAAUUCCUUAUCCUCCAUAACUACUGCAGCAACUGAAGCACCACUGUUGCCAUUACAACAACCUAGGCAAGAGUUCACUGAAGAAUUUGAUUUUGAAGCCAUGAAUGAGAAGUUUAAAAAGGAUGAGGUAUGGGGUUAUCUUGGAAAAGCUAAGCACAGGGACAACAUGGAGAGUUUACAUGAUGAUACUAUUGUCUGCCAAACAUCAGGGGACCAAGAGGGUGAUGGUUUGGCUACUGAAGCAGACUCUAAACCUGCAUAUAACAAGGAUGAUUUCUUUGACUCAAUAUCUUGCAAUACGACUUCCCGUAGAGGUAGGAAUGGACAGAAUCGGUUUUCUGACAGAAUGAGGCUGGACACUGAGACAUUUGGCCAAUUUCAGCAGAGAAAUUAUCCAGUUUAUGGUGGCUAUGGCACUGGACGUGGCAUGAAUCGGAAUCCAUAUGGCUGGGGAAGGGGGCAUAACCCCAGCGGAAGGGGCCGGGGAGGGUACAUGCGGUAGUAAUCCUAGGUGUUCGUUCAUCCCGAGAUAUUCGUCCUUGCUAAUCUUACAUCUUUGGCAAUGUUAAUCCUUAGUGUUGUUUGUAUAUCAUGCAUGCUAGGCUUCUGGAUCAACAAAUCCUGGAACUAUGCCAAAUUAUUUUUGUUUGUAUCGAUUAGUCCAUGCAGUGGCAUUUGUUGCCAAGCUUUCUUAGGAACUUUCAGUGUACGGGCAGCUUCAUGUUUUUUAUGUCCAUGAAACAGCCUCCCGAAGACUUAGCAGCCUGACUGUGGUUAAAUGCUUCUCCAUAACUUUCGGCCAAGUUUAUUUUAGGAAUGCAAAAAUUAAGAUGGGAUUGCCAGUGGCUA